UGCAGUAGUGUGUAUGGAGCAGAGGGCUGAGCAGGUAUCCUCUGUUCCAAGUGGAUCUUCAGAAGUAGUUUCUCUGCACCCACAUGACUUGGACCACUGGGGAUGGAGUUGGCCUAACUUCGGCUGAACCGAAGUCGUUUGUUAUUCACCUCCAGUUUCCUGCGUGCCCCGGAGCGGUGAUGUGUCAGGGGGAGUGAGGAGGAGCCUGCUGGGCUGCAGCGUUGGAGCAGCACAGCGACCAGCAGCAUGCGUCUGAGGUCUGAGGCUCCGGGCUUCACUCCCUGAGAGCUGAGAACUGCGGCGGCCGCUGCUGUCCUGGGCCUCACAGCCGGGCAGACUGUUAGCCACAGCCCUGCAUGGAGCGUGCGGCUGCUGGCUGUGCUCUGUGGGGAACCUGAGAGAGUCACGCGUUCGUUUCCCUCCUGGCUCCCUGGGACAUGAGGGUGGCUGAGGAGAGCUGGAGGGAUCCCGCCAUCCCGCCUUUCGCCGUGGCGUCGGACGGGGUGUCUGCGGCCCGCGGGAUGGAGACGGAGGCUUGCAUUUCGCCCCCUGGCAACGCAAACCCCUCGAGCUGUCGACGCCCGAGCGCCGAUGGCCAGCAGCGUCCCGGGACGGGGCUCGAACCUGCGGAACCCGUCCGCCACAGCUGCGGAGGCAGAGAAUUUCCGGAAGAUGCCGGAGGUUUCGCCGCGAUCGCCGCCCGCCGAGAGAGCGUCAUCCCCGCGCCGAGCGAGAUGGCGGGGUUCCGUCGCGCGGUCUCCCCGUCCUUGAGCGAUCCCAUUGGGCUGCGCCAUCCUGGCACCUGGCUGUGGAAAAUGGAGCUGGAAGCGGAGGUUUUCCCUCCCGACCAGACGCUGUUCCACGCGGUACGGACGGAGGCUCCCCGCGGUGGGGUGGACUCCGAUGCCGCGGCGCGGGAGAACUGCGUCUGUGUCGCGCCGCACGUGUGCACCGCUGGCCGGUGCCGCCGGGCCCCUCCAUGUCCGUCUGGCGGUGGCGGCGGCAGAGGUUUCUCCCCCGCUCUCGUGUCGGGUACACCGGCGUUCCUGGGAAACGAGGCGAGCUGCGGCUGUCGCGUCAGGGGCGGGCGCCCUCGCUUGGAACGGCGCCGGGCGGUCCGCUCGAUGGACGACUUCCCUGCGCCUCCCGCCGGAAACGGCCUGGGCGGCGGUCCGCAGGAGGACGGCCGCCUCGCUCAGGGCAAGAGGGAGCGCUCCACGCUGCUCUUCCGCAGGUACCACAAAAACAACAGGGAGGUGCGCAAGCCCGUGUGCGCCGGGACCCGAGCCAUCGUCAUGGCGCUGCCCUCGGGCCACGUCGGCGCCAGCUUCGCGUGGGUCCUCUCGAAGAGUCACCGCCCUCCUGCGUCCCGUCUACGCCGGGCACCGGCUGGCAUGGCCGGCCUGGAGGACCGCAGGCUGCUCUGUCUCGGGACCGGACGUCUGGAGGUCUUCUCCGUGCCGAGCGUGUGGGAGGGAGCGUCCGGACCGGAGAAUCUUCUCCACCCCUCCUGGAAGAUCCUGGCCUCGUCGGUGCGACGCGGCGACCCCGCCCGGCCAUGGCCCUGCCCCGGGACGCGUAGCUACCGCGCCUCCCUGCACGGGACCGCCUUUUCGGCCCACGUCACAGGGGUGCUCCUGGAGGCCACGGUGUCCAUCGGGGCCUGCAGCGUCCUCCCCAGCAUCUCCGUCGUGCCCAAGGGCAGGGCGCUUCUCAGAGAACGGCAGCCGCGUACCGCCAUGGCGGGUCCGGGCGCGCCGGCGGCCGGCGGGACGAGCGUGGGCGAAGAGCUGGCGGCGCUGCGGCACCUGGUGCCGUUUCCCGAGGAGAUCGCCUGCAUCCUGACGGAGCAGGAGCAGCAGCUGUACCGCCGGGUCCUCCCGCUGGACUACCUCCGCUUCCUCACCCUGGACCUGGAUGCGCCCGAGGCCCCCGGGCACCGCCCCCGCCUGCAGGCCUCGCUGUCCGCCGCGGCCGCGUCCGAGUCCGCGCGCGGCGACCGCCGCCGCGGCAACCCCGUGGGGGACCUGGUCACGCGUUUCAACGAGGUGAGCUCCUGGGUUACCUGGCUAAUCCUGACUGCAGGCUCAAUGGAGGAGAAGAGAGAAGUCUUCUCCCACCUGGUCCAUGCUGCCAAGUGCUGCUGGAACAUGGCCAACUACAACGCUGUGAUGGAGCUGUUAGCAGGACUCAGGUCCCGCAAGGUGCUGAAGAUGUGGCAGUUCAUGGACCAGUCGGACAUCGAGGCCAUGCGCGGCCUGAAGGACGCCAUGGCGCAGCACGAGCACACGUCCGAGUACAAGCGGGCGCUGACCCGUGCCCUCCACAUCCCCGGCUGCAGGGUGGUGCCCUUUUGCGGCGUCCUCCUCAAGGAGCUCAGCGACGCCCUGGACGGAGCCGCCUGCCUCAUCGGCCUGCACCCCCGUGCGGACUCCAUCGAGUUUUUGACAGACUACAGAGGCCAGGAUGGCUUCGUGCAGAGGGCAGGGCGAGGAGGUCUGAGGAGCGCGGAGAAGGAGGCCACGGUCAGCAACAUCCUGCAGAUCAUACGCAGCUGCAACCGCAGCCUGGAGAGCGAGGAGGCGGAGGACGGCAUCGGCGAAGGGUCCGCUGCUCACAGGAACUCCUUCAAGGAAAAAUACAGGAACCAAUUGUCUGUGGGGGACCUGUGGGAUCCGGAGGGGGAUCAGCCGGAGCUGUCCGGGGAGGCGGAGCUCCAGGGGCUGGAGGAGUGGCAGAAGGCCUUUGCGCACGGGACGGAGCUGAUCCCCUGGUACGUGCUCUCCAUCCGAGCCCACGUCCACCAGUUCCUCCUGCAGGGGGCGACGGUCAUCCACUACGACCAGGACUCCCGCCUGACGGCCCGCUGCCUCCUCCGCCUGCAGCCGGACAACUGCUCCCUCUCCUGGGCCCGGCUCCCCAGCGGCUGCCCCUCCGCCGGCAGGGCCAAGAACGGGGCCCCGGGCGGCAGCCCCGAGUUCACGUACUGCCGGCCGCAGUCGUUCGGGCAGGCUGUGCUGAACGGCCUGACGGACGGGUUUCUGGACCUCUCCGUGGCCAAGGCGGUGUUCCUGGGCCACCCCGGCGCGGACGUGGGCGCGGCGUGCCAGCAGAACAAGCUCGGCGCUCUGGGCCGGGAGGAGAGCGCCGUCACGCUGCUCUACGGCCUGCACACCACCGACAACAAGCUCCUGCACUUCGUGGCGCCCCGCCUCACCGCCCGCAUGCUGCACGACGGCCUGGCCGACCUGGUCUCCGCCGUCCGGAGGAUGAAGAGGUUCCCCGACCAGAGGCUCCAGUGGCUGAGGAGACAGUACGUCAGCCUCUAUCAGGAGGAUGGCCGGUACGAGGGGCCGACCCUGGCCCAGGCCAUUGAGCUGUUUGGCGGAAGGCGCUGGAACACAGGGAGCGCGAACGCUCAGAAGAGCGGCGCACUGGCCGCUAACAGGAAGAAGAAGAUGAUAAGGGCCGACAGCGGGGACGCCACCGACGAUGAGGCGGGCUCGCGGAAGACGAAGAGCAACCGGGAAGCGGCGGGAAGGCGUGGCUCCGACCCCUCGGACAGCCUGGAUCAGGACCAGCUCGAUGAUAGCAGUUCCUCUGGACCGUUUUCCCCGUCCUCCAGUAAAGCCUCGCCCUCCAGCGUCCCCUUCUCUCCUCCCACCUCCUCUGUCCCCGCCCAGGCGCACUCCUCUCCCCUUUCACCUCCUCCUGCACCGCUGCACUCCUCUCCCAUCCUCCCUUCUGCUACCAAGGGCCAGGCGGGCCGGGCCUGCUUUAGCCGAGGAAAGGGCUGCCUCAAGAGCUUUCAGAACCUCAUGGUGUCCGACACCCCCAUGACCUUUACCGAAUUUGUGGAGCUUUUCAAAUCCUUCAGCGUACGAAGUCGGAAGGACCUGAAGGAGCUGUUUGAUGGCUUUGCUGUCCCCUACUGUCCGUCUGCCCAGGACCCCGCCCCUCUCUACACCAAGCUCAGGAUCGAUGACCGAGUGACGGGCCUGCAGCCUGAUCUGGACCUCCUGAUGCGUAAUGGCUCAGACCUGGGCCUCUCCAUCCGGACCCAGCAGCUGAUUUCGGACAACCAGAAGCAGAUCUCCGACGCCAUCGCGGCCGCCAGCAUCGUGACCAACGGCACCGGCGUGGAGAGCUCCUCUCUGGGGCUGCUGGGCAUGGCCAUCCCCCAGCUCAACGACUUCCUGGUCAACUGCCAGGGGGAGCACCACACCUACGACGAGAUCCUGAGCAUCAUCCAGAAAUUUGAGCCAUGUGCCAGUAUGCGACAGAUGGGUUGGAUGUCAUUUGAGGGGUUUGCCAGGUUUAUGAUGGACAAGGAUAACUUUGCUUCAAAAAUGGAGGAAUCCCAGGUGAACCUGGAGGACCUGCAGUACCCUUUAUCUUACUACUACAUUCAGUCUUCCCACAACACCUACCUCACAGCCCACCAGCUCAAAGGGGAGUCCUCCGUGGAGCUCUACAGUCAGGUGCUGCUCCAGGGCUGUAGAAGUGUGGAGCUGGACUCCUGGGAUGGUGACGAUGGGAUGCCCAUCAUUUACCAUGGCCACACCCUUACCACCAGGAUCCCCUUCAAGGAUGUAGUGGAGGCUGUGAACCGUUCUGCUUUUGUCACGUCCCAAAUGCCUGUCAUCCUUUCCAUCGAAAACCACUGUUCGUUGCCUCAGCAACGCAAGAUGGCAGAAAUCUUCAAGGCGGUUUUUGGGGAAAAGCUGGUGACCAAGUUCCUGUUUGAGAGCGAUUUCUCGGACGAGCCGCUGCUUCCGUCCCCGCUGCAGCUGAAGGGGAAGAUCCUGCUGAAGAAUAAGAAGCUGAAAGCACACCAGGCCCCCGUGGACAUCCUCAAACAGAAGGCUCACCAGCUAGCCCACAUGCACGCUCAGGCUAGCAACGGUCAGCAGCACGAGGAAGAGGAGGAGGAGGAAGAUGAGUACGAUUACGACUACGAAUCGCUGUCUGACGCUGAUGUCUUUACCACCUAUCCCGUUUCUUACGGCCUGGAAGAAAAUAUACUGGACGAUCGCUCUGAGGGGAAGGCGUCGGAUGACAAACUUCACUUGGAACACUGUGAUGAAGCUCCUAAGAGGAUGAAGAAAGCUGAAAAUGCAUCUAAAGGAAAGGUAUUCGAUAUGGAACUGGGAGAAGAGUUCCAGCUUCUACGGAACAAAAAGGAGAACAGGCAGAUCGCACAGGAGCUUUCCGAUCUGGUUAUUUACUGCCAGGCCGUCAAGUUUCCAGGUUUCUCCACACUGGCUUCGUCAGGUGCGGGAAAAGACAAAAAGUGUCGGAAGUCCAUCUUCAGCAAAUCCAGCACUGGGGAGAGCACACCGCCGUCCCGUUCCCCGGGGAAAGCAGAAGCGUGCGUAAGCUGGGAGGAGUCGGGCCCCGCCGCCCCGGGCUCCGCCCCCUCCCUGAGCGCGCUCAUCAGGACGCCGCGGUGCUACCACCUGUCGUCGCUGAACGAGAACGUGGCGAAGCGGCUGUGCCGGCGCUACUCGCGGAAGCUGAUCCAGCACACCGCCGGGCAGCUGAUCCGCACCUACCCCGCCGCCACGCGCAUCGACUCCACCAACCCCAGCCCGCUGCUCUUCUGGCUGCACGGCGUCCAGCUGGUGGCGCUCAACUUCCAGACCGACGACUUGUCCAUGCAGCUGAACAGGACCAUGUUUGAGGCCUGUGGGGGCUGUGGGUACAUCCUGAAACCCCCGGUGCUCUGGGACAGGAACUGCCCCCUGUACAGCAACUUCAGCCCGCUGGAGCGAGAGAGAGAGGACAUGAGCCCCGUGCACUUCUCCCUCACUAUCAUUUCGGGUCAGAACCUGUGUCCCGGCAGCAGCGGUGCCGGCAGCCCCUGCGUGGAGGUGGACGUUCUGGGGGCGCCGGCCGACUGCGUGCGCUACCGGACCAAGCCCGUCCACCGCAACGCCCUCAACCCCAUGUGGGGCGAGCGGUUCCUCUUCCGCGUCCUCGUGGAGGAGCUGGCGUUCCUGCGCUUCGCCGUGGUGGAGAACAACAGCUCGCAGGUCACCGCCCAGAGGAUCCUCCCCCUCAGCGCUCUCCGAUCGGGAUACAGGCACGUACAGCUCAGGAACCUACAGAACGACACGCUGGAGGUCUCCAGUCUGUUCAUAUACAGCCGGAGAAUGGAGGACAGUGCCUCAGGAAACGCUCUGCCCGCUUCUAUGUUUUUCAGCACAGAAGAGCAGAGGGCUGCAGUCCAGUAUAAGGUAACGGUUCACGGAGGUCCAGGUCCGGAGCCCUUCACCGUGGUGUGCGUAAAUGAGAGAACCACUGUCAGACAGCUGCUGGACAUGCUUUUGUCUCAGUCAGGAGUCUCUACCUCAGGCUGCUUCCUUGUGGAGGAGAAGGUGCCCGUAUGCAGAGAGAAGAGUGACGCUCGGAGGCAGCCACUCCAGCGAGCUCUCGGCCCAGAAGAGGAGGUCCUCCAAGUGCUUGGCGGCUGGUCCCCGGAUGAGGGUUACGUGGGAAGAAUCUGCUUCAAAACCAAAGAGGAAAGCUGGAGUGACCGGAGGGAGAAGAUGGAGGGAGAGGAGGAGCAGUGCGACGGGGUGGAGGAGGACGGCGUCUUCGUCCACGUGCACGAUGUGUCCCCGGGACAGCCCUACUGCGUCAUCAAGACCCUUCGCCACAGCACUGCCCAGGAAGUCAUCCAGCAGGCUCUGAAUGAAGCCAUGCAGUCCUGCGGCGUUCCCAGCAGCCCUCGGCCGUCCGAUUAUGUGCUGGUGGAGGAAACCGCCAAAGAGACGGCGAACAAGAAGGCCGGGGCCAAGCCGAGCCAGCGUGCGCUGUGCGAGCUGGAGUGUGUGUACCAGGCCCAGAGCCGCUGGAAAGGCCCGGGCCGCUUCAUUCUCAAGCGCAAGGAGCCGGUCCAGACUGCGCGGGAUGACAAGAGGAAGGGCAUCUCCUUUGCCAGCGAGCUGAAGAAGCUGACCGGCCGUAGUUGGCCCGUUUCACUGGGUUCACCUUCCGCAGAGAACGCACGCGGGAAGGACGAGAGGCCUGCAGUGUAUGCACACUUCAGCGAAGCCACUGAGCAGGUUCUCUGAGGAGUGCAGUCAGCGCCUCCUACAGGUACGGAGUGAAAGUGCUGGACACACAUUAAUGACUGGCCCAUGUGAUUCCCCUAUUUAAAUAAGACAAUCAAGACAGUGCAAUCUAGUGCAUCAGUAUAGCUGCAACCAGCAAGUGUGUGUGUGUGUGUUUGCACACACGUGUUUUUUUUUUUGUUUUUUUUUUGUUUUUUUUUAAUCUGCCAUUUUAAAUGGGUGUAAAAUGUAUUUAUAAUUUAAUUUUUCCGGGGCAUUCCAUUUCCAGCGCGUUGGUUAUUUAUGUUUGGUUAUAACACUUUCAAGUUAGGCAAGAUUGGUCUCUACUGUGGCCGACAAGGGCAAAUGGCCCAAAAAAGUAACUUAUAUGGGUGUUUAACUAGUGUUUUAUGUGUUCUGCUCUCCUUUUCACCCCUCUUAACUUCCAGUUGUCCUCUCUCCACCUUCCUCUUAUGCAAUGUCCCCUUGCUGAUCAAUUAAGUAUCCUAUCACAUGUGGAGACGAUGUAGAGGAGAGAAAACUAAAUGCAAUCAAAACACUCUGGUCUCCCGGAAAGUAGUUAGCUACCACUACGGACAACGUUAGCUAGAGUUAAAUGCAAGAUCUGGCACACAAUGUUGUCGCUAGCAACCUCUUGUAGAAGUCAAAGUCUCUAUCAUGCCAACGCUAGCUGCGUAAAUCUGUUGCUCUUUUAUAAUAUUGUAAAAGACUAAGGCCAAAUGUAAAAAAAGAAUACGUAGGCUACCUUUUUAUGUAGCCUCUAUUUAUUUUUUAAUCUUUUUGUUCUCUUCUGGAGAUCUUCCGUUUUGUUGACUGGAUAUGCAGCGUUUUUCUGUUGCAUUUGUUUUCGGAGUUUGUGUGUUUUUGAUUUUGCAUCGUUUCUGUAUUUGCAGCGUGUUUGCUGUUAAUGUAUUUGUUUUGGCUUUCUGCAGCACGUUUUUUCAUUUGGAGCACGUUUCCGUUGUUGUAUUUGCAUUGGAUUUCCAUAUGUGUUUUUGAAUUGGCAUCGUUUCUGAAGCUGCAGCACGUUUCUCCGAAUGGAAAUGUUUUGGGCCGUUGUAGCGCGUUUGCCCUUGUCGGCCACCGUAGGUCUCCCAUUCACAAGGCUGCAUCAUUCCAAAUAUACUUUUAUAUAUAUUUUUGGACACUUUUCUGGAUCUUGUGGAACAUUUCAUUUUUAACAGAAUUGUUUUAAGUUUUUUUUAUUUGUAUUUAAUUUUAUAUUAAUUAACAAUGACAUCACUUUUGUGACACAAAUAUGUGUGCAUUAUGUGGAAUAAUUUUCUUCUGUUCCUGUUUGAAAGUCCAUAACAUGUCAAUGGGGAGAUUUGUUUUAAUUUGUGUUCAUAGUUCAAAGCCAUAGCAUCACCUUACACUGUUCCAGCAGUCUUUAUAAUUUGUUUUUACAACUUUAUUUCUGAUAUAAACGUGCUGGUUGUGAUUAGCCUGUUAGCCUGUUAAUAUAUUGCAAUGUGCUGUAUUCACAUUGUGAUGAUUGUAUUUUUAUAAUGCUUUGUAUUACAAAAUGAAUAAACCACAUGAACUCUG